CGCCCCCGCGGCAUCGCCACAAACUACACCUUGAACCAUUACGAGAGGCCAGCGUCCUAAAAUUUGUCCACAAUAUUUACAAUAAUAAUAGUUUAUAUUUCCCGUUUUUCCUGCUCAUUCGCUGUUUAUUAACACCGUGAGUAUGGAGACCGACGAGGGGGAGUCAUCCAGCAGCGGCCCCCUUUCCAGCUUCAACAGUCUCUUCUCCUUCACAAGUCCCGCGGUGAAGAAGCUCCUGGGGUGGAAACAGGGCGACGAGGAGGAGAAAUGGGCCGAGAAGGCCGUCGACAGCCUCGUGAAGAAGCUAAAGAAGCGCAAGGGGGCUAUCGAGGAGCUCGAACGCGCGUUAUCUUGUCCCGGGACGCAGAGCAACUGUGUGACAAUCCCCCGGAGUCUCGACGGCCGCCUCCAGGUGUCCCACCGCAAGGGGCUCCCCCACGUCAUCUACUGUCGCGUGUGGCGCUGGCCCGACUUGCAGAGCCACCACGAGCUGAAGCCCCUCGAACACUGCAAAUUCCCCUUCUCGGCCAAACAAAAGGAAGUCUGCAUCAACCCCUACCACUACAAAAGGGUGGAAAGCCAGGUUUUGCCCCCGGUUUUGGUCCCCCGACACAGCGAUUUCGUCCCAGGGCAUUCGCUGUUGCCGUUCCAGCAAGUGGUGGAGCCCAAUAUGCCCCAGAAUAUUAGUUACUCCUCCAAUGGGUUUAAUUCGAAUCAUUUGAGUCCGAGUUCGCCGCUGUCGAGUGUUUCUAGUCCGGGGAGUGUCUCGUCGAAUAACCCGCAGAGUCCGUAUUCGAAUUUGGCGGAGACUCCGCCCCCGGCAUACAGCCCCACGGAUGAGAAUACGAAUAAUAAUAGCAGUCCACAGCCGUCGCUGAAUACUGAUGUGCAGCCAGUGGCGUAUCAAGAGCAGCCGUUUUGGGCUUCCAUUGCCUACUAUGAGUUGAAUUGUCGCGUCGGAGAGGUGUUUCAUUGCCAUUCGACUUCUGUUAUCGUCGAUGGGUUCACCAAUCCCAGCAAUAACAGCGACAGAUUUUGCUUGGGUCAGUUGAGCAACGUGAACCGCAACUCAACAAUCGAAAACACCCGCCGCCAUAUCGGUAAAGGGGUCCAUUUAUAUUACGUUAACGGCGAAGUCUACGCCGAAUGCCUCUCCGAUUCGCCAAUUUUCGUACAAUCCCGUAACUGUAACCACCAUCAUGGGUUUCACCCAUCCACAGUGUGUAAAAUACCGGCGGGUUGUUCAUUACGCAUUUUCAACAACGCCGAAUUCGCCCAACUUCUCUCCCAAUGCGUAAACCACGGUUUCGAGGCGGUUUACGAACUGACUAAAAUGUGCACAAUAAGGAUGAGUUUCGUCAAGGGUUGGGGGGCGGAGUACCAUCGACAGGACGUGACAAGUACCCCUUGCUGGAUUGAGGUGCACUUGCACGGCCCCCUGCAGUGGCUCGACAAGGUGUUGACCCAAAUGGGGUCCCCACACAAUGCCAUCAGUUCGGUGUCGUAAUAAAUACGGGGACGAAAGUAAAGACGAGUGCCAUUUCAGGUUAUGCAAAUGCAAACAAACGGUGGGAAAAUUACGUGUUGCCUUACGGUAAAGUGCAUUUUUCAGCACGGUAAAUGAUUAUUUAUGUGUACAGGAAACCGAGCUGAAAACUUGUAAAUUCUGGAUGUAAUUAUAACGAACAGUUAUGUGUCUGUCUUAAUUGAUCUCUAGAUGGCUACGAUUUUAUUGGUUUGUUGGUUAUUUACAGGUUUAUUCACAGACAUUGUUUUAAUACAAGGGCCCGUUUUUGCGAAAAAUUAACUGUGCUCAUACAAAUUAGAGCACAAUUUUUGUUAAAAAAAAAAGUUAAAAAAUUAUCCCAGCGAGUUGAAAAGUCCAUUGAAACCUUUAAAUUGUAAAAUUAAAAAAAAAAAAUCUAUAGGACAUCACCUAAAAUUAUUUUCAACCA